UGUUCAAAGUGUAGAAUUGCAGCAGAGGAUAUCAAUGGUUGAUCAGGACGAGGUGAUACUGUUGGAUUUCUGGCCGAGCAUGUUCGGGAUGAGAGUGAGAGUCGCACUGGCGGAGAAGCAAGUAAAGUACGAGUACCGAGAAGAGGACACGUUUGGGAAGAAGAGCCAGUUGUUGCUUGACUCAAACCCGGUGCACAAGAAGAUUCCCGUUCUGAUUCAUAACGGAAAUCCGAUUGCAGAGUCGCUCGUCAUUCUCGAGUAUAUCGACGAGGUUUGGAACCACGCGCCUCUCCUCCUUCCUCCUCAUCCUCUGCACAAAGCCAGAGCAAGAUUUUGGUCGAAUUACAUCGAUCAGAAGGUAUUUAAAGCUGGAAUGAGGACAUGGACGACGAAGGGGAAUGAACAGGAGGUGGCGAAGAAGGAAUUUAUAGAAAUUCUGAAGGUUCUAGAAGGUGAGCUCGGAGAGAAACCGUAUUUUGGAGGAGACGAAUUUGGAUUUGUUGAUGUGGCUUUGAUUACAUUCUAUCCCUGGUUUCACACCUUCGAGAACCUGGCGAAGUUCAGUGUUGAAAAUGAAUGUCCUAAGCUGAUUGCAUGGGCGAAGAGGUGCAUUACGAAGCCAACCGUCGCCGCAUCUCUCUCCGAUCCCGUCAAGAUCUGCGAACGCAUCUCCGGUGUUGCUAGGGUUCAUGAUUUCUUCUACUCUUGAUUCGAGUGAAAAAUCAUUCCGAGCUCGUCGAACAGAAAAUGAUUCGGCGAGUUUAAUAAACCUGAUUGGUUUUUCACUGUUGUAAUGUAACUUCUGGUGACGCAUUGAUUUGAAUUUCCUUCAUCUUCCCGCGUCUCUCUCUCUCUGUAUUAUUCCAGUUCAAUAAA